UCUGAUUCCAUGACAAAACUGUAAAUUGAAUUGAAAAGAUUCUCUCAACAACAACCACAUCCACAUAAACAUUGUGUGUUUGUUUAAAUAGUGUCCUAUAUUAGCGUCCAUCAAAUGAAUUGAUCAUUAUUAAUCCAAGACCAAAUGAGCAAUGAUAACAAACAGUGUGAUUCGGUUAUAUCACCAUCACCACCGCCGACCACCACCAUCAUUGAUAAUAAUCAGCAAUCACCAUCAUCUGAAUCAUCGACGACGGCGGCGGCGACGUCCAAGACCAGUGGUCAGCAGCAGCAGAUGAACGAUGCCAAUGGCAACGACAAUGAUGAUACCAGUAAUGCCAACAAUCAACAACACAAUAAACAACAACAGAAAAUGCAAUUAUCUCGUUCCUUAACACAACCGCAAGGAACCAUUGAAUACGUGGUUGCAGCCCAUGAUACUAUCACUUCUGUAGCUGCACGUUUCCAUACAACACCAUCCGAGUUGGCCCGUAUCAAUCGUCGUUCUGGCCAUUUCAUCUUCCCAGGACAGGUAUUAUAUGUUCCGAAAUCCAAUCCUGUAUCUAGCCUUUCGGCUGAUGUUAUCGACCCAAGUGGUGGUACAUUACUAGUGAGACAAAGCUCCGAUAUUGGUGUCGGUGUUCCACCUAACACACCGAAUGACCCAAAAUCCCAAUCACCGUCACGACAACAACAAACAUUGACUAGUGAUAGCAAUCAACAACAACAACAAUCAAUCUCUGCAUUACCCGGUCAUGCGGAACGCUGUUGUCGGCCGUUAUCUCGACAAAAAGAUAAUAACACUCUUUCAAUGGAUUGUGUGUUUAUGGGCAGCAGCCGCGAUGAUUCGACCAACAACAAUUCUUCUAUCCUCAUAGAUUACCCUCUCACUCAUACCAGUUCUGAACCAGUUGUGAUUGGCACUGAUAAUCACCAUCAUCAUCUCCAUUCCGAAUCAAUGUCAUCAUCAUCCAAACAACAACCACAACAGACAAUCGAUCCGGCUGAUCGUGAAUGUUUGGAGCGUUUUCUCAAAAUAAACGUUCGUUACAUAACCGAUGGACAAGGUGUUGUGAGUGGCGUAUUGUUGGUCACACCCAAUGCAUUAAUGUUUGAUCCGAACGUUUCUGAUCCUUUGGUGGUGGAACAUGGAUCCGAAUCCUAUAAUGUUACUGUACCGAUUGAGUUGGUAUUGAAAACGGCACUCUAUUCCGAUAUCGCUCAUAUGCGUGUCAAACAUGCUCCUGAAGCAGUACCAUCCGUUCCCAAACCAUCGGUUUAUUAUGCCAGCGACGAAGAUAGUAGCGGUAUUGUCGAGGAGAAUCUAAAGAAUGUCUAUGCAAAAAAAGCUAAAACCGGUUUCGAUACCAUCGGUAAGGUGAGUGAAGAGGAUAAAUCCGAUUCCGAACAUCAACCACCAGACGAAUUCAAAGACGCUGUCGAACAUUUACAGCAAACGAAAACAUCAUCGACCGGCUCAUCAAUCGAAGCGAAUGAACAAUCAACUAAACAAUCAUCAUCUCUAAUGUCUACCGAGGUUCAGAUUGGCGAUGAAGAUGCCAGCAGCAUGAAUCGUGUAUCGAUCGAAAUCGAAAACAGCGUCGACGAUUUGCAUGAUGAUGAACCAUCCACCACGACCACCGAGGCUACCACCAAUUUCAAUACAUCCAUCGAUGUCAAUUCCAGCCUUGAUCUGAUGAUGACCUCCAUGGAUGAUGCCGAUCUUGUUGCAUGCGGCAAUACUGGAUCCUUAUCAUCGAGUGGACCCGAAAGUCAGACGAAACUGGCUAGAAAACCAUUGGCCUCCACACAUAUGGCCAAAAUGACAUUGGCCGAACGACAUUCAGCACCAUUGCAGCCAUCGAACAUUGCACAUGAUGCCAUUCAUUCAGCCGACAGUGUCGAACACAAAGCCUUGCAAUCGGCUAUUUCGGCUGAAGAAACAUGCUCCGAUCCGGUUGUCAUGUUGAGACAUUCGAAUCGGUUGUCAGCUGCAGGUGAAAAUCGUCGUGGCCAGAUGCUAAAACGAUUAUCAAAUCCGGUGGACGCUAUCGGCAAUCUGACCAAAUCCGGCAUAAGCUCAGGGAUCAAUGCAACCAAAUCGGGUUUCAAUGCCACCAAAACUGGCAUCAGCAAAGGAUUGAAUGCCACUCAAUCGGGCAUCAGUACCGGUUUGAAUGCCACCAAAUCCGGCCUAACCACAACGAUGAAUGUCACGAAAACCGGAUUCAAUCGGGUGUUGGCCACUCCGAAAAACUUGAUGGAUUUUUCCUCCGGUUUAGUGCGUGAUGCGAAAGGGGCAUUGGCACCGACCGCAUCCAAAAGUGAUAUUAAUCUUCAUGAGCAUUUCGACACCAGUAGUGAGCAACAACAAAUGUCCGAUGCAUCAUCGAUCAAACCAGUGGGCUAUUGUAAUAUGGUCAAUACAAAGAUUGAUGCCUUUGAAAAUUUCGACAAACUAAUUCCGCGACCGGCCAGAGUGAAUAAAGAUACGCCAUUAUAUCUCUGCAUUCGAAUGGGCAAAUAUAAGAAAAAUAAUCCUAAGCGUAGUAUGCAACGAUUUUCGCCCAUUUCUUCUUUCGGUAAGAAUGGAUAUGAACGCGAAUAUUGGUUCAGUGUGCCGAAAGACAAGGCGAAAAAUUUGUAUCAUUUCUUCAAGAAGUGGGCUCCCGAAAUCUAUGGUGAUGUGGACGAUAUUAGCGGUUGUGAACAACGUGGCCUUGAGCCCAUCAACACCGAUGAUGAAUAUGAUCUGGACGAUGACGAUGACGAAGUCAGUGGUGUUCAAAUGAUCGAUAGUGCAUCGGCAGCAUCUUCCACAUCAGGUAAUGCACGACGUCGGUCCUAUCAGCGUACACCAUCGAAUGCCCUUGAAGGAUCCAUUGGCCAUGAUGACGGUGACAACAAAUCCUCGUUGGAUGUAGCAUCCGCAAAUCGUCAGCGUUUUUGGCGUCGAAGUCCAUUGCAUUUUCUCAAGCUCGUCGAGGAUCAUUUUUCCACCGAAUGGAAUGUUUCGAAUUCAUCGGAAGAGCACAGUUUUGCUGAACGUUAUCAUCUGGAAAUGUCGAAUGAGCCAAUAUUGCCCGAAUUGAUUGGCACGUCCGAAUUGUUGAAUGUGGACAUUAUACAAAAUCUAAUGAAACAUUUGCCGGCUCGUGCUGAAGGCUAUGCAUGGACAUUGAUCUAUUCCACCGCGCAACAUGGUUUCAGUUUGAAUACAUUGUAUCGUGAUAUGAAACAUUUUGAUUCUCCCGUUCUGUUGAUCAUCGAGGAUACCAACUGUGCCAAAUUCGGUGCAUUACUAUCACAUUCGUUAAAGAUAAGCGAUCAUUUUUAUGGUACCGGCGAGACAUUCCUAUUCACAUUCUAUCCGAUUUUCGAAUGUUUUCCAUGGACUGGCGAAAACAUUUUCUUCAUCAAAGGCAAUAAUGAUAGUAUUUCCAUUGGGGCCGGAGAGGGGAAUUUCGGUCUUUGGCUUGAUGGCGAUCUUUACCAUGGCAGUUCACAUCCAUGCAAAACAUUCGGCAACCGAACAUUGUCAUCGGAAGAGGAUUUUGUGGUGAAAUCUAUCGAAUGUUGGGGUUUCGUCUAGUCCAGUUAAUCAGUGUAAUCAUCAUUAUCAUCUCUCUCAUCAUCCGUAUCAUUGUUAUCAUUGUUAUUGCUGUUAUUGCAAUUUUUUUGGUCCGACAAAUGAAAAUGGUGAUUGUUGUUAAUCGUUAAAUUGUUAUUGUCGUUUUAGCAAUGGGAGCCAUGUU